UGCAGUGGUCUGAGCGUGUGUGUGUGAGCUUUGUGGGAAGUGUUUCCCAGGCAAGUUGUUUUAUCGGGGCCCACCUGGAGGAUGUAAACGUUUCACCAGGAAAUUGCCGAGUGGACAAUUGGCAGAGGGCAAAGGUGGGCGUGUUAGCAGAGAAGGAUGUGGAACUGCAGGGGAGUGGUGAGCACCUAUGCCUACAGAGCGGGUUUAUGCAGGGGCAGUGGUGGGAGGUGGACCGUGGAGGUGAGCGGGGUCCACAAGAUGGAGCCCCUUGUAGGCCUUGCCCAGGAGCUUGGACUCCAGCCUUCAGGCGGGGGAGUGGGGGUGUCUCAGGGAUCUUUAUAGAAGUGCUGGGACAAUUGCAUGAUCACGGAUGGUGCCUUGGUGGCAUCAGGGGCCCUGGAGUCUUACGUGUGCUCAUUUGUCCUGGAUGAAGUGGCAGGGUCUUAGCAUGAGGUCCCCUUCCUUUCCAGGUUUCUGGGUGGAACGGACCCCUGUGCACGAGGCAGCCCAGCGGGGUGAGAGCCUGCAGCUGCAACAGCUGAUCGAGAGUGGCGCCUGUGUGAACCAGGUCACUGUGGACUCCAUCACGCCCCUGCACGCGGCCAGUCUGCAGGGCCAGGCGCGGUGCGUGCAGCUGCUGCUGGCGGCUGGGGCCCAGGUGGAUGCCCGCAACAUCGACGGCAGCACCCCGCUCUGCGAUGCCUGCGCCUCGGGCAGCAUCGAGUGUGUGAAGCUCCUGCUGUCCUAUGGGGCCAAAGUCAACCCUCCUUUGUACACAGCAUCCCCCCUGCACGAGGCCUGCAUGAGUGGGAGUUCCGAAUGUGUGAGGCUUCUUAUUGAUGUCGGGGCCAAUCUGGAAGCGCACGAUUGCCAUUUUGGGACCCCUCUGCACGUUGCCUGUGCCCGGGAGCAUCUGGACUGUGUCAAAGUGCUGCUCAAUGCAGGGGCCAACGUGAAUGCGGCAAAGCUUCAUGAGACGGCUCUUCACCACGCGGCCAAGGUCAAGAAUGUUGACCUCAUCGAGAUGCUUAUCGAGUUUGGCGGCAACAUCUACGCCCGGGACAACCGUGGGAAGAAGCCGUCCGACUACACGUGGAGCAGCAGCGCUCCCGCCAAGUGCCUGGAGUACUACGAAAAGACACCUCUGACUCUGUCGCAACUCUGCAGGGUGAGCUUGAGGAAGGCCACUGGCGUCCGAGGGCUGGAGAAGAUCGCCAAGUUAAACAUCGCACCCCGGCUCAUUGAUUACCUCUCCUACAACUGAGUUGCACGCGGGGUCCGGGCCGUGACUGCCCCCGUUGUGCCCAGCAUUGCCCGGGUGAGGGCUCUGCCUGUUCCUCGGAAGCAGCGUGAUUGCUGUAGAUAGAACAACGCUCCUUCGAGUCCCUUCCUGCGAUGCUGUGUAGGCUUCUAUUCUGCAUCCUGGAUAAUGUUUCCAAGGUGUUGGGAAGGCCUGCGUCUCAGGUCACAAUUGUGGGUGUGACCCUGCGCUGUUCUACGGAACCUACCUCCUCACUGGGCGUGGGCCAGUUUUCCUCUUUUACGGGCCGUCCUCAAAGGCACUCUCAGGACAGACGGCGUGGGGAGCACAGAGGAGGCUGGCAGAGCUGGGGACUCAGGGCAUUGUUGCUAGUUCCCACUCGCCUGGGCAGCCGACCACAGAUGCACAGGUCCCAGGUGCAGGCCGCCACCUCCGGGUCGGCACCAGGACUGCCUUCGGUGCUCAUAGGGAAUGGCUGGGCCCACGGAAGGUCGGCCUCGGAUGUGGCCUGGGACCGCGGCUCUGCUGGCUGCUGUGUGGAUGCUUUUCCUGGAGCACUUUCCAAAGCAUCCCCCAGCCCCGCGCCUGGGCGCGUCCGUCACUCAGGGGCUUUCUAUGGUGUUUGUAGGGGAAGGCCCUGGCUUUGUAUACCCCACAAGGAGCACUGAGUUUCUUAGGAAAUUCGUCUUCAGUAUUAGGUCUUGAACUCUUGUAAAAAGUUUACGUGUAGGAUAAAAACCUUUUAGAGGACACG